CCCGCCCCCAAUUCAAGUUGGAAAAAUGGAGGGGGCUCUUACGUCGGUGGCCCUUUCUGCUCCGCGGGACGUGGAGAGAGUGGCCGGGACAGACCAUGGGGCCUCGGUUCUUGCCACCUCCCGAAAAGACUUCCGGGUGCGUUGCACCUCGAAGCGGGCUGUGACGGAAAUGCUAGAACUGUGCGGCCGCUUCGUGCAAAAGCUGGGGGACGCGCUGCCAGAGGAGAUCCGGGAGCCCGUGCUGCGAGAUGCGCAGUGGACUUUUGAAUCAGCUGUGCAAGAGAAUGUCAGCAUUAAUGGGCAAGCGUGGCAGGAAGCUUCAGACAAUUACUUUAUGGAUUCUGAUAUCAAAGUCCUUGAAGACCAGUUUGAUGAAAUCAUAGUCGAUAUAGCCACAAAACGUAAGCAGUAUCCCAGAAAAAUCCUUGAAUGUGUCAUCAAAAUCAUAAAAGCAAAACAAGAAAUUCUGAAGCAAUACCACCCUGUUGUACAUUCAUUGGACCUAAAACAUGACCCUGAUCCAGCCCCUCGUAUGGAAAAUUUGAAAUGCAGAGGAGAAACAAUAGCUAAGGAGAUCAGUGAAGCCAUGAAGUCCUUGCCUGCAUUAAUUGAACAAGGAAAUGGAUUUUCCCAAGUUUUAAAGAUGCAGCCUAUUAUCCAGCUCCAGAGAGUCCACCAAGAAGUGUUUUCCAGUUGUAGGAAACCAGAUGUUAAACCUGAGAGCUUUAUAGCACAAAUAGAAACCACACCAGCAGAGACUUCUGCUAGGAAAGACACUGACUUGGUACUGAGAAGAAAGCGAACUAAAGACUGCCCCCAGAGAAAAUGGUAUCCACUGCGGCCAAAGAGAAUCAGUCUUGACACAUAA